GAACUCACACGUCCCCACUAAAUGUAGUCAUCGGAAGAAGCCAUAUGGGAAGAAGCAAUCUGUCUGAAUGUUGAGGACUCGUUUAUUUCUCUGGUGUCAGAUCACACGGCGUUUCAUCCCCGAUGGCAGUAGUUUUCUGUGUGAAGAUCAGUGUUUUGAUGGCACUGUUGUUUGGUCGGAUUCAGUCAACUCGUUUAUACACAGAAGAGGAUCCCGUUGUUAUUCUGACUAGCGAUAAUCUCAAACUGACUGUGGUGAACUCAUCCACCGCCUGGCUGAUUCAGUUUUACUCGUCCUGGUGUGGUCACUGUAUCCAGUAUUCACCCACAUGGAAAGCUCUGGCAGGGGAUGUAAAAGAUUGGUCACAGGCCAUCCGUGUUGGAGUUCUGGACUGUGCUCAUGAGAAUAACUUUGAUGUAUGUAAGGAGUUUGGAAUCCACUUCUACCCCACCUUUAGGUAUUUCAAGGCACAUGACACCUCAAACGAUCUUGGGAAGACAUAUCGAGGGCCUGACAGAGAGCUGCAGACAGUACGCCAGAUGAUGGUAAACUUCAUCCAAAACCACACGAGACAAGACUGGCCCACUAACUGCCCUCCACUGGACCCUGCCAGGUCUGAGGACAUCCUGUCCCAAAUAGGGAUGAAAUCAGAGCACUACACUGCUGUUAUAGUGGAGGAUGCAAACUCCUAUAUUGGGAGAGAGGUCAUUUUGGACCUGAUGCCAUACGAGGGUUUAACGGUGAAGAGGGCACUGAGCUCAGACAAACUUCUAAUGGAGAAACUAGGACUCCAUUCGGUUCCAUCCGCUUAUCUUUUCCACCCUAACGGCACGCAAACAGUCAUGCAUGUUCAGAAGAAGCUGCGCUUUUUCUUCUCCUCCUUCUUGAAGCUUCUCCCGGGAGUACACAGAAAAUACUCCACGUCCUCCCAGCAACAUGCUCAGUCUACAAGUAAAGGACACGGAGCCCAGGUGGAGUGGAAAGACUUUACAAAGUCUGAGGUGUAUAUGGCUGAUCUGGAGUCAGGCUUACAUUACCUACUGAGGGUCGAACUGGCCAACCACAAAAUCUUAGAAGGAGAAGAGCUGAAAAUCUUCAAGGACUUUGUAACAGUUGUUGCCAAGUUAUUUCCAGGUCGCCAGUCUGUGGUAAAACUUCUUGAGACCUUACUGGAGUGGUUAGUAAGUUUACCUUUGGAGAAGAUCCCCUAUGAUGCCAUCCUGGACCUGGUUAACAACAAGAUGAGGAUCUCCGGGCUUUACCUGAGUGAUCGAGUGCAGUGGGUCGGAUGCCAGGGCAGCAGUGUGACAUUAAGAGGAUAUCCCUGCUCUCUCUGGACCCUCUUUCACGUUCUUACCAUUCAGGCUGCCAGCCGACCCGAUGCUCUGGCCAAUACUGGGUUUGAAGACGACCCGUUGGCAGUGCUUCAGACUAUGCGUCGUUACAUCGGGACAUUCUUCGGAUGCCAGGAGUGCGGGAAACACUUUGAGGAAAUGGCACAGGAGUCAAUGAACCAGGUCAAGUCUGUGGAUGAGGCAGUACUGUGGCUGUGGAGGAAGCACAACCAAGUUAACGCUCGACUGGCAGGGGCAAUGAGCGAGGACCCCAUGUUUCCUAAAAUUCAGUGGCCAACUCCUGACCUCUGCCCUACAUGUCACGAAGAGAAAGAAGGCCUGCAUGUCUGGAAUGAGGAGAUGGUGCUUGCGUUCCUCAAACAGCAUUAUGGUGCUUCUAACAUCUCUCCAAAAUACACCAGCAGCAGCAAACCGGAGCCAGUCCCUCCAGCUCCGGAAAAUCCCAAAGCCGUAACCAAACCGAACAGCAACGUUCACCUCAACCAGAACUUGAACUCCUCUCCUGAGAACGUUCCUAAACAUAUGAAGAGGACUGACACCGGUGGUGAUAAAGGAACGGGGGUUCAGAUCGAACCCAGGUCAGGAGUGACGUUCCUGGGUCUGGGCUUCUCCAGCGUGGAUAUGAGUCUUUGCGUGCUGCUGUACGGCAUCUCGUGCGUGUUUCUCAUGGUUAUGUUUUUCUUCUUUCGCGUUCGCUCGAAAAGAUGGAAGUCUAGAAACUACCGGCCCUUCGUUUAGAGACCAAACACUGGCGUUCGAAACUGUGGAUAAAGUGAAUGUAAUAUAUGAAGCCCCUGCCAAGUGUUGAAGAAGACUUUUAAUUUAUUUGAUUUCUCAUGUUUGUUUAACUGUGUGUGUGUUUUUUUUUAAGUAUUUUGUAAUGAAGAACUUUAUUGAGUAGUUCGGCUUAUUCAUCGGGCCAAGUUCUGUGAACGAGCACCUGUUUCGAGUAUUUCUCAAACCUCAACGAGAUUGUUGAUUUACCAUGAUAAACUAUUUUAGUAUUCUAAACUAAAGUUAACAACCUAGGUCAAAAAUAUAUUUUUAUGGACUAUUAUACAUUAUUUAUAGAAUUUUUUAUUGAAAUUUUAAAAAGAUGUGCAUUUCUCUCAGAGUAAAUAUUACUCUGUAAGUCCCAUAUUUCUAUUUGGCUUAAAAAAAAAAGAUGUCCUCUCGCUGAAGAUAAAUGCCUGACACACUGCCUCAUCAAUGACCAGAUAUUGAGUAACUCUAAUAUUGUUUUAAAAAAUGUGCCAUUUAAAACAAAGACGGACAAUGAUAACAAUUCAUGAGUUUUGUUACUGUAAUGUUUUAUUAAAAUGUGCUGUGAUUAA